UUCGAGCGUGUUUGUUGUUUUUUUUUGCGUAUCCGAUUAUUUAUUUUUUUUCUAUAUCUAAAUAUUCAUGAAACAAAACAAAACACAAAAAAAAUCGAUACCAUAAAUUUUUGAAUAUUUUUUUUUAAAUGUGUAAAUAAUCAAAAGUGUGAAGGUGUAUGAUAAUUAAAAACAUCAUUAGGUCCGUGUAUGGAAAUAAUGAUGCACAAAAGAGAGCAAAAAAAAAACUUUAAUUAAUUAUUCAUACAAAUGCUCAAUUAAAAAUAUUUUAUGUGAAUAACUUUGAAAAUUUAUCACUUGCUCUUCAUAUGAACGCGUGUAAGGUAGCAGCAGCCACAAGAAAAAAAUGUUUAAUCAAGAGAAUCAACGAUAAAUCAAAAUAAUAGUAUAAAAAAAAUAAUUCUAUGACAAAAAAGUGAAUGAACUCAUAAAACUACGAAAAAAAUACAAAUUUUUGGCUAAAAAAAUAAUGGAACCACGAAUCGUGUAUUGCAAACCAAAGUCAAAGCAAUUCAUUGGAAGUUAUCAAUCGGAAGCAUUUUAUUUGCCCACACAAUUAAUCGGAGCCGACUCCUCCAAUUGUGACGAAGAAAAAGAUAAACUACAAUCGAAAUACGCAACAGCUACACCACCAACAGCAAUGAACACAAAUCACACGACAUCUGUGCCGCCAGCAUUUUCGAGAUUACCGCCAGAUGGUCACGAGUUUCCGCCGAACUUUAUCGAACCGAUCAUCUUGAGUCCCGUCGAUGCGGAUAUGCUGCGAAAACAUUCAAGUAAACCCGUUAUUAGUGAUAAAAUUAUGAAUGGUUUUAGUGAUAAAAUCUCACAUCAAACACCUCCAGAAAUGCCAAAAACUGUUCCUCCGCCGAUUCCGCGCAAAUCUUCACAUCCCAUGAAAGCAACAGAUGUCUCUCCAACGGGCAGCGACAAGGAAAACAGUUGUCGAAGCAACGGAUUCGAGAGCUCUGUCAUCAUCAUGAACGGCAAUGGGAACAAACGAAACCCUUCCAACUGGCGCAAAGAUGAAAAAUCCGAGAAAAGCGUUCGCGAUAAAAUUGCAAUGUUCAGCAACAGCAAAGACGAACAACCAAUUCUUCCAAAUAAAUUCGUGUCGAGUCAUUUGGCGCGCAGUACGGAGUGUCUUGAUACCACUGACGGUGCUGUGCCGCCUCAUCGACGAAGUCAUGGCACAACUUACGAAACUUUGUCCCGCAAAUACUCCGAUUCGAUCGACAAUGGCUUGGAUUACAGCACAACGGCGAAGAAAUCUAUGCGAACUCGAUCUCAUAGCGUCGAAACUUUAGACGAAGUUGAUCGCGGAAUGCCCAAUAUUUUGGAUAUGUUGCCUCCGGUGUGUCCCAAACCUGUGGAAAACACAAAAUACGAAGCUGCGUAUCGAUCAAAGUUCAUGGUAGAAAAAUCGAAACCAGUUCCCGUGCUUGAAAAAGCCUUCAGUGUGGAAAAUGUCUCGAAUUCGGAUAUAAUUCCGCCUCCCGCUUCGUACGGGACGUUGCCUCGUAAAAAUGUCACGAAUGCUCCAUCGGCUGCUUCUCUCAUGCGUCGCACAAGUUUCUCGGGCGAACCAACUUCCGAAGCUCAGCGAGUCAGCACAUUGUUGGAACAACGCAAAAAAUCAAUUUCGAAGCUGCGUGGCUUGAUCAUCCCCGAAAAAGUUCCCGAAACGGAUAUUUUGCCGCAUCAGGCGAGCGUUAUUGGUAACAUGCCGAUGAUCAAAAGCAAGGACUGUGAUAAAAUCAACAACGAAUUGCUGCCGAAAAUGCACGAAAACCAGAAAAGUUUUGAAAACCAGAAAUCAGUCCCAUUUUACGCGAGACGCGCCUCUGUCGAUUGCGUCAUGUCAGUUGUUCCCCCGAAACAAUUCGUUCCGACAUACACAAAAGUCAAUUCCAUCUCGUACACGUCGUCAAAUGUGAUGUCAGCACCUGCGAAACCGCCUCGAAUGUCAUUACAACUGAGCAAAUUCUCGCAUGAUCUACCCACAAAAGGCGGAACUGACGAAAGUGAGGAUAGCGACUCAAUAAUUAGCUCGCGACGAUCUUCUCCUCUCAUUUCUCCGGGCGUAACUCCCGCUCCUGUCAUCGAAAAAAUGCCAUUAUGCCGAAAUCUGAGCUCAGAAACGAAUAUUUCGAUCACAAGUUCGAAUUCGACACUCACAACGGGCUCUACGGGAUCUCAAGCGAGUUGCAGUUCAACCGGAAGUACGCCAACGAUCGAUAUGAGUCGAAAAAUUGUGCGUCAAGGAUCGAACGAGAUACAACGGAAGAAUAUUUUGGCAUUGUCAAAGUCAAGAAAUGGGACUCAAGAACGAAAACUCGAUGCUUUUGUGCCAAUUGCCAAGUCGAAACGUUACGACGAAGACGAAAGUACGGAAGAAGAAGACCUGAAACGUGUUUCGAAACCCUUGAAACCCCGAAAUUCCUUUAAUAAAGAAUCAAAAUCCGCUUCCGGCGAGAAAAAAGAGUACGUUAACUACAAAUUAGCAACUCCCACAGACGUCUUGAACGGCACAUGUGUCAAUAUUGCGCAAACUGUCGAGAUAAUCGAUCAUCCGGAGCCCUUCACGAAGAAAGGAUUGAACAUCAAGAUCGCCGCCAAGGUCGAAAAACGCGACGAACCAUCCCCAUCGAUGUCAGACUUGGCAAAAUGGGUCCGUAGCGAGGCAGCGAAAACACAUCAGAGCAUCGCAGCGAUGAGCAAAUCGAAAAUCGAUGAACCGAAAGCAGUUGAGGAGCAACAACCAAGCAAGCCGAUUAGAGAAUCCCGCUUCGGCGAACCAAAAAAGCUAAAUUUAUCGGAAAUUAGAAAGAAUUUUGAAAAUAAAUCUGUGUCACCUACCGCAAUUAAAGCCACGCCAAUUCCAACGCCAGCAGUAACAAUUUCGACAACAACAACCGCAACGACAACGACGACGAAGGAAAAAUCAGGACACGACAGAUUUUCGUCAUGGGAUUCCGUGGCAUCGAGUUCUUCGGGUGUCUCGUCGAUGCAAACGAGCAGCUUGAUUGGAAAUGCAAACACCAACUCGGGAUCUUCGCACAAUUUACAGAGCCCGCCAUCGGAAUUCGGGAGUUUUUCGUCGUUGGGAAGUAGUCACAGUUUGAUAACGCCACAGGAUUUGCAACUUUUGAUUGAAGAAGCUGAUCCUCCAUUGCAAACGCCGGAUGCUUUUGUCAUCGUGCUUCAACGUGAUACUCCCGAAAGUAGCAUUGGAAUUACUUUAGCAGGCGGUUCAGACUAUGAAGCAAAAGAAAUUACGAUCCAUAAAAUUCUCACGAAUAGUCCCGCUGACAAAGAUGGGCGUCUUAAGAAAGGCGAUCGACUACUUUCCAUUAAUGGACUUAGUAUGAGAGGACUCACACAUCGCGAAUCAUUGAGUGUUUUGAAGACUCCUCGAUCAGAAGUCGUCUUAGUUGUAACUCGCUCAAAAUCCGUGCCUGUUGUGUUGAGCAAAUCGAAACUCAGUUCAAUUGGAUCUCUCAGUUCCUUAGCUGACAAAUCGGAUUGCGGCGAUUUCGAACGAAAAAUAAACAAAAAUAAAGGAUGUCGUUCUUUAGACAUCGAUCUUGAUCUGGCAUCUAAUGAAGAUGCAAGUUUAAGCAUAACAACAUCUGAAGAGGGACACUUGUCAAACGAUGAUGCCUUCUUAACAUCGAAAAAUGAUACAACAACUCUCCAACCAGGACAAAGAGUAAUUGAAUUGAUGAAAGAUGGAGCUGGACUCGGAUUUUCCAUCGAAGGCGGAUUCGAUUCGCCUGUUGGAGAUCGCCCUCUUGUCAUCAAGAAAAUUUUCAUGGGCGGCGUCGCAGAAAAAUCCGGACAAAUUGUCGCAGGCACCGAAAUAAUUUCAAUUAACAAUCAAUCUGUUGAACGAAUGACUCGCAUUGAAGUAUGGAAUAUGAUGAAACGUCUUCCAAAUGGACCAGUUAAACUAUUGGUUAAGUAAAGUAUAUUUAAAAAAUAAAAAAAUAUUGAAAUAAUGUGUAAAUUUAGUUUAAUUUUAAUGUGAAAUCCUUGCAAAAAUGUCAAAAAAUGCAAAAUUUUGUAACAAUCGUCCUGCAUAUUAAAGGAUAAGAAAAGCUUUGAAUUGAAAUUGUAAAAUAAUGAUAAAUAUCGCUUAAUGUAAUGUUAUUUUAUACAAAACAUAUAUCUUGCCCUAUAUAUUAUAUUUUGGAAAUGAAUUAUAUUCCAUGCAUUUAUAAAUUUAGAAUUUAGUAAAAAAAAAUCGAUUCACUCGCGUAUUCAAAUUUUAACAAUAUUGAAUAUGUUUCUGUGUAAUAUAAAACUCUUUUUCCCUCCAAAAUCUAUUAUUUUUUAAAAAAUGCUCAGAAUUUGUUUUGUUGUCUAUCUCAACAAAUCCUGCAGCUUUUUGUGUAAUACUUUAAUGGCUUCUUAAAUAAAUAAUAUUUUAUUUUAUUUUAUAUUGAAAAGCAUUCAAUACA